AUGGGCAGCCUCGACGAAAAAGCGCAGCUACCCUACGCGAUGGAUUCCAAUGGAUCCUCGAGUUCGAGCUCCGAAAUCACACAAAAUAGGAAGUUUUGGCAAAAGUCCAAAACCACAAAGGCCCCGGCCAAGGUGGAAGAAAAACUCCAAAAGCCAGAAGACAAGUUCGUGGAUGUUCCCGAAGCAGACAAAUCAAUUUUGCAAGAGCAGCUGGAAAUUAAACCCACAAAGGCUACUAUACUAACCCUUUACAAAUACGCCACCCCAAUCGAUUGGCUUUUGUUGGCGAUAGGCUGGUUCUUCGCUGCAGUCCAUGGUGCAGCUUUGCCUAUGUUCACCCUAGUUGUUGGUGAUUUGGCAAACAAUUUUAGGGCAUUCAUGGGAACGGCUACAAUAGAUGUUCACGAAUUCAAACACAGUGUAUCUGUCAAUGCCCUUUAUUUUGUUUACAUCGGCAUCGGAAUCAUUGGUUCCGGUGUAAUCGAGUCUUAUCUCCUGGUAGACCGUGGUGAAAUCCUCACUUCGCGCUACCGUAAAGCAUAUCUUAGAUCGAUUAUUCGCCAGAAUAUCGGUUACUUCGAUCACCUAGGAUCCGGUGAGGUCAGUACUCGCAUCACUAAUGAUACCACGGCCAUCCAAGAGGCCAUUUCCGAAAAGAUGGGUAAUAUUAUUUCUGGUACCUCCACUUUUAUCGCUUCUUUGGCGAUUUCCUUUGCUGUGCAAUGGAAACUAGCCGCUGUUCUUUUAGGUGGUGUUUUUUUCAUCAUGGGUUCCAUGUCCGGUGCUUCAAUUUUCAUGAUCAAGUACACUGUCAUGUCUGAAAAGGUGUACUCUGCCGGCUCUUCGGUUGCCGAAGAGGCUCUUAUGGCUGUACGCAACACAGUUGCAUUUGGUGUCCAGGAUCUUAUUGCCAAACGCUACGAUGACCAACUGGCCAUUACCAUGAAGUGGUCGCGUAAGAGCGGCAUCGCAUUGGCAUGCAUGCUUGGUCUCAUUUGGAGUGGCAUUUUCUUCAUCUAUGCGUUGGCCUACUGGGAAGGUUCUCGUAUCGUCGCUUGGGGCCAGGCUAGCAUUGGUAAAAUCGUUAACGUCGUUAUUGCUAUGUUGAUCGGUUCGUUCCAAAUGGGCAAUAUCGCGCCUAACAUUCAGUUCUUGGCCAAAGGAUUGGCAGCUUGCAAGACGAUUAAUGAAACCAUCGAACGUGUACCCAAGAUUGAUGCUAUGGAAGGUGGCGGCAAGAUCCCCGAGAAGGUUGUUGGCCGCAUCGAAAUCAAGAACGUUCGCUUCCGUUACCCUUCGCGUCCCGACGUGCUUGUUCUCCCUGAUUUUAGUCUCACCGUUGAAGAAGGUAGUACCGUCGCUCUGGUUGGUGCUUCUGGUUCUGGUAAGUCCACUAUCGUUGGUAUUCUCGAGCGAUUCUACGACUACCUUGGUGGUUCUGUCACUCUUGAUGGUGUGGAAAUCCGCGAACUUGAUGUCAAGUGGCUCCGUCAACAAAUUGGCUAUGUCCAGCAGGAACCCACUUUGUUUGCCGAGAGUAUUUAUGAGAAUAUUGCCCACGGUUUGAUUGGCACCGAGUUUGAACAUGCUCCCGAGGAUAUCAAGCGUGAGCGUAUUAUCGACGCUUGCAAACAGGCCAAUGCUUGGGACUUUAUUCAGACCCUCAGUGAUGGCCUUGAGACGAACGUUGGUGAUCGUGGUUUCCUGAUGAGUGGUGGCCAAAAGCAGCGUAUCGCAAUUGCUCGCGCAAUCGUGUCCGACCCUAAGAUCCUACUGCUUGAUGAAGCUACUUCUGCUCUAGAUACCAAGUCUGAGGGAAUUGUUCAGGAAGCAUUGGACCGUGCUGCCCAGAGCCGCACCACUAUUGUUAUUGCCCAUCGUUUAUCCACUAUCAAGGAUGCCGACAAGAUUGUUGUUAUGCAAAAGGGUGUAAUUCUUGAGCAAGGUACUCACCAUGAGCUUCUUGCCACCGAUUCAAACUACGCUCGUCUUGUUUCAGCCCAGCGCGUUAGCCGCAAGUCUGACAACGCCGCAGCGGUUCAAGACGCAGAUGAUGCAUCUUGCGGUGACGAGAAUGUCGAAACUAUUCAUGGUCUGGUCAAGCAGGAGGACGAUAUGGUUGUUCUUGGUGAGUCCACCACACGUGUGCCCACAAAUUAUAGCUUUGUCCCCGGUGCAGGUCCUUCUGACUCGAAGAUUUCUAUUUUCACAUCUUUAGCUGCCCUUUGGCGUUUGGCCAAAGACGAACACCCUCACAUGUAUAUCGGUUUCUGCUUUGGUUUAAUCUUGGGUUACUCUUAUAUUGCCAUGUGCAUGGUUACCUCGAAAAUGAUUUCUGCUUUCAUGGUUCCUCCUUCGAUGUAUCCUGAGAUGCGUGAUCAUAUUAAUACCUAUUCGGGAUUCAUGUUUAUGCUUGGUGUGAUUGCUGGUCUGGCUGGUUUACUCAUGACCCUGUUCUUAUCCUACUCGUCUGUCAAGUUGGUUCGCCGUAUUCGGUACGAGCUUUUCAGACAGUAUCUGCGCAUGGAUAUUGCCUUCUUCGAUCACGAGCAGAAUUCUUCUGGCUCACUUACUUCGGUGCUCGCCAAAGAUGCUAAAUCUAUUGAAGGUCUCGGAGGGUCUACUCUUGGUCAGAUGAUCCAGUCUCUUACAACUCUAUUUGGUGGUAUUAUUACCGGUAUUGCAUUCAACUGGCGUAUCGGUCUUGUCGCUACUGCCUGCGUUCCUGUUUUGGUCUCCUGUGGUUUCUUGCGUGUGUUCGUCAUGAAUCAGCUUGCUGAACGUGGUCGUCGUGUGUAUGAGAAUUCUGGUUCCAUGGCAUCUUCGUAUGCUACCGCGGUUCGUACUGUCCAAUCUCUUACUCGUGAAGACGAAGUGUGUGAUGUCUACAACCGCGCAGUCGACAACCAGGUAUCUCGUUCUCGUCCAGCUAUUCUGCGGUCUGCUAUCUUGUAUGCAUUCUCUGAGGGUUUCACACCCUGGGUAACUGCGCUUGUGUUCUGGUUCGGCUCCAAGAUGAUGAUUGAUCAUCAUGCUACAAUUUUCAGCUACUUUGUUGUUUUCAUGUCAAUUGUCCUCGGUGCUCAAUCUGCAGGUCAGAUGUUUAGUUACGCCCCGGAUAUCGGCAAAGCCCGAUCUGCAGCGGCCAACAUUGUUCGGAUCUUGCGCGAGACCCCUAACAUCGACGUUUGGUCGACUGAGGGUGUGGUUUUGGACCCCCAGGAGGUUCGUGGUGACAUUGAGUUCAAGGACGUAUAUUUCCGUUAUCCUACGCGUACUCAGGUGCCAGUUCUUCGUGGACUCAAUCUGAGCGUUAAGCAGGGUCAGUACAUUGCUCUUGUUGGUCCUUCGGGAUGCGGUAAGAGUACCACCAUUGGCCUUACUGAGCGUUUCUACGAUGUCAUGGAUGGCCAAGUUCUAUUUGACGGACAUGACGUUCGCGAGCUCAAUCUGGCUGUUUACCGUGGGCACAUUGCCAUGGUUCAGCAAGAGCCUAUGCUGUACUCCGGUACGAUCAAGGAGAAUAUUCUCAUGGGAUGGCCCGGUAACCCUGAGGAUGUCACCGAUGAGAUGAUCGAGGAGGUUGCUCGCAAGGCCAACAUCCACGACUUUAUCAUGUCACUCCCUGACGGAUACGAGACUGAUGCAGGUUCUCGUGGCGCACUUUUGUCUGGCGGCCAAAAGCAGCGUGUUGCUAUUGCUCGCGCGCUUAUUCGUAACCCCAAGGUGCUGCUUCUCGACGAGGCCACCUCUGCCCUGGACUCUGAGUCUGAAAAGGUCGUGCAGGCCGCUUUGGAUGAAGCUGCCAAGGGCCGUACUACGAUUGCCGUUGCUCACCGUCUCUCUACUAUCCAGAAGGCGGAUAUCAUCUAUGUGUUUGAGAAUGGACGCAUCACCGAGUCCGGCACGCAUUACGAGCUAUUGGAUUUGAACGGACGUUAUGCGGAGCUAGUCCGUCUACAGUCGUUAGAAGAGUAG